ACAAGUUGGGGACGACCUCGAUACCGAGAAGGGAAAAAGAGGGGCAGGUGAGUACUUCUCUCACAGUCGCACAGAGAGCUUCCGGUCAAACCUUUGAGCAAAGAUGGGAUCCAUUGCGAAGAAGGGACUAAACAAUUACGUUGGACAGCUCCGGCAACAUCCUCUCAGAACCAAGGUAAUCACAGCGGGAGUGUUGUCUGGGAUCAGCGAUAUAGUCUCUCAGAAGCUAACGGGCAUACAAAAAAUUCAACUGAGACGACUUCUUCUCAAAGUGAUAUUUGGAGCUGCUUAUCUUGGACCACUUGGUCAUUUUUAUCAUUUGGUACUUGAUAAAAUUUUCAGAGGGAAGAAAGAUUCAAAAACUGUAGCCAAAAAGGUUUUGAUCGAACAGUUGACUGUUUCUCCUUGGAACAACUUGCUUUUCAUGAUUUAUUAUGGUUAUAUUGUGGAAGGACGUCCGUGGAUGCAUGUGAAAGCUAAAGUUAGGAAGGACUACCCAUCGGUGCAAUACACAGCGUGGACGUUCUGGCCUGUUGUGGGGUGGAUAAAUCACCAAUUCUUGCCUCUCCAUUUCCGAGUUAUUUUCCAAAGCUCAGUUGCAUUCUGCUGGGGAAUAUUCUUAAAUCUUAGAGCACGAUCUCUGGUGCUGACCAAGGCCUGAUGUAAAUGAGAAUACAGCGCAAAAGUGUUUAAUUUGAUCAGGCUUUACUGUUUCAUUUUAAAAUCACUGAAGACAUCUUAAAUUUUCAAUAUGUUGGAAGGACUUCAUUUUAUUUUUAUUCCUUUGAAUGUAGUCUGGUGGUGGUGUUCAGACUUGUUCAUACCCUGUAGUUUAUCUAUAUGUCAAAAGGACUCCCGUUUGUUUGGAGAAGUAUUUCAAAAAGAUCAAACAUAGUUGGAUGCUAAACCAUCAUGAAAGUCAAAAUAUUUUUUUGCCCAAAA